AACACAAAACAAAACAAUUUUCAUUCAUUCAUUCAUUCUGCCAAAUCUAUUCUAACAAAAACACACACACACACACAUAUAUGGCUUCUAAUGAUAGUGAAGAUCUUUCUCACUUAAAAGGGGUUGUUGUAAUCACACUCCCACCUCCAAAUAAUCCAUCUUUAGGCAAAACCAUCACUGCUUUCACUAUCCCAAACCAAAACCCAUACCCAAAUCAAAACCCAAAUCCAAACACACCAUUACCAAUUUCAUUCCAAGAUUCAAGAAGACCAGUUUUUGAUCACCCAAGAAGAAAGAUUUCUUGGACCCUUUUGGGAAUUCUUGUUUUUGGAUUACUAACUUUUUGUUCAAUACAAUCCCCACAAAAUCUUUUUAAGUCAACUUUAGGGCCUUUAACUCAAGUUGACCAAAAUAAUAAAGAUAAAGAUGAUAAUAAGAAUAAUACUAGUUGUUUUGUUUUUCCAUUGUAUUCGAAAUUGGGGUUUGGUGAAUUGGUGGGAGGAAGUAGAGAUAUGGAGGUUAAGUUAGGUAAAUUUUCGAUGUUUGGUUCUUCGAAAAGUUCGAUUUUGCCUGUUGAUGAUGGAGGGUUGCCUAAUAAGGUGACAGUUAGGAGUAGUGCAGUUUUGCCUGUUAAUGGAGAUGAGCUUAGAGAUGGGCUUUAUUACACACAGAUUAAUGUCGGAAGCCCUCCAAGACCGUAUUUCCUUGACGUAGAUACUGGUAGUGACUUGACAUGGAUUCAAUGUGAUGCCCCAUGCACUAGCUGUGCCAAGGGAGCACACCCGUAUUACAAGCCAGCUAGAGCAAAUAUCAUAUCUUCGAAAGAUUCUUUCUGUUAUGAUUUCCAGCAAAACAGCAAUUCUGGAUCUUGUGCGUCUUGCAGCCAGUGUGAUUAUGAAAUAGAGUAUGCUGAUCAUAGCUCCUCACUGGGAGUCCUUUCAAGAGAUGAUCUUCGUCUAGUAGAUGUAAACGAGUCACAAAUUAAUUCUAAAGUUAUCAUAGGGUGUGCAUAUGAUCAGCAAGGCAUACUUUUGAACUCUUUGGCAAAAACAGAUGGUAUUCUUGGUCUUAGCAGAGCUAAAGUGAGCCUGCCUUCUCAAUUAGCAAAACAAGGUAUUAUUGAUAAUGUGAUCGGCCAUUGUCUCACUUCUGAUUCCGUAAGUGGCGGAUACAUGUUCUUAGGAGGUGAAUUGGUGCCACAAGCUAAGAUGUUUUGGGUUCCAAUGCUCAAUGAUGCUUCCAUGAAUUAUCUUGCUGAAGUUUCUAAAGUGACUUAUGGAUCGAAACAACUUGGUUUGGAUCGUCAAACAAAGGGAAAUGGACGAGUAGUCUUUGAUAGCGGGAGUUCUUAUACAUACUUCACGAAACAAGCUUAUUCUGAUUUAACUAAUACGCUUAAAGAUAUCUCACGUGAUGGCUUUAUACAAGACACUUCAGAUACAACACUUCCCAUUUGUUGGCGACCCAAAACUCCAAUAAGAUCCAUCAAAGAUGUUAACAAAUUCUUCAAGCCACUCACUCUUCAGUUUGGGAGGAAGUGGUGGACUAUUUCAACAAAUUUACAGAUACCUCCAGAGGGCUACUUGACCAUGAGUAACAAGGGCAAUGUGUGCCUGGGCGUCCUUGAUGGUAGUGAUUUACUUGAUGGAUCACAUAUCGUUCUUGGAGACAUCUCAAUGCGUGGGAAUCUAAUCGUCUAUGAUAACGUGAGGCAGAAAAUUGGUUGGAUGAGAUCAGAAUGUGCCGAUCCAAAGCAAUUCAGCAAAUAUCUUCCAUCAUUUUGAGACAUGACACUCUUCAUUCCCAUGGUAAAAUGUUAUGAUUGUAAAUAUUGUAACUUGUCUAUUUUUGACCACUUCCUCCUGUGAACGUUUUUGUAUUGUGCAUCAUGUAAAUAUACACCUCUUUAAUAUUC